CUCUUUCUCUGCCUCCUUUCUCCUCUCUAUCUCUCUCCAAUUAUUCCUAUCCUUCACUCAAAAUAACAUCAAAAACAAAACCAUUUCAGUUUUUUAGUUUCAGUUUCAGCUCAGUUUUUAGCUUUAAAAUGCUCCUCUCUCCACUUCACUAAUCUCAGGUCUUUUUCACUCAAAUGCACAUAGUGGAUACCAAGCUCUAAGUUUCAAGUGGGGUUUUUUUCCUAAUGGAUUUUGGGGUUGUGGGUUUGGAUGGGUUUGGGGGUUCAGACAUUGGCUUUGGUUUUGUUGCUAGUUCAGAUCAGGAGGGAAAGAACAAGCGGUACGGAUCUGGGUUCCAGAAGCAGGAGAGAUCUGGGACCGUUGAUGAAGAACAACAUUGGAGGAGCUCAAAACAGGCCAAGAGUAGUGAUGAUUUUUCAGCACCCAAGAAAAUGCUGCAGCUUAACACUGGUUUGAUGAGGACUAACUCCACUAGCUUUGAUGGGCAGCAGUUACUGAGCUUCUCUAGCUCACCCAAAUCAGAAGCUCAAAAUGCCUCAUUGCCUAGCUACUUUCAACAAGCAGUGUCUGCUUACCAUAGAAAUUCAGGCAUCAACAAUAGUGGGAGCUUAAAUGGGGCAACAGUGCAUUGGACUAUAGCAGGAGGCAGAGGACCAUUUACUCCUUCACAAUGGAUGGAGCUAGAACACCAGGCCUUGAUCUACAAAUACAUCACUGCUAAUGUUCCUAUACCAUCUAAUCUACUCAUCCCUAUAAAGAAGGCCCUGGACUCUGCUGGGUUAUUUUCACCAGGACUACUCAGAUCCAAUGCAUUCGGAUGGGGUUCUAUCCAUUUAGGAUAUGCCAACAACACUGAUCCUGAGCCAGGAAGGUGUCGUAGGACAGAUGGGAAGAAAUGGCGGUGCUGGAGAGAUGCUGUCCCUGACCAAAAAUAUUGUGAGCGGCACAUCAAUAGAGGCCGCCAUCGUUCAAGAAAGCCUGUGGAAGGUCAAACCGGCCAGUCCGUUGCUGGUACCGCCACCCCUGCCCCCUUGAAGCAGGUUAUGCCUGGUGGAGGUGGAACCAGCAGCCUCGCUAUUGCCAACCAACAGCUCAAGAGCUUGCAGCCUGCUAUUGCUGCAUCUAAUUCUUCUGCAGCCACUCAGAUGAGCAGGAUGUUCAUGAACAAAGAUAGUGCAAGUGAGAGAAUGCAACACUCUCCUGACCUCUCCAUGUUAUCCAAGGAAAACACAUUGUUGAAUCAGAAACAGCAACUCGGGUUUGGGGAAUCCUCAAGAUCUGAGUUUGGGCUCGUCACCUCUGAUGCCCUCCUCAACCCUUCACAGAAAAGGUCCUUGAGUUCAAUGAUGAGCUGCGGAAACUAUGGUGGUGCUUCACAGAACCUUACAGUCCAAGAGACAGAUUCACAACAUCCCCUUCGCCACUUCAUUGAUGAUUGGCCUAAGAACCCGUCUGAUCGCCCAGCUGUUGUUGCCUGGCCUGACCAACUUGAUAUGCAAUCAGCCAGGACUCAGUUAUCCAUUUCAAUCCCCAAGGCUGCUUCAUCGGACUUCAUACCAUCCACUUCCUCUACCAACAAUGAGAAGCUCACUCUCUCACCGCUCAGGAUGUCUCAUGAGCUCGACACAGUCCCAAUGGGUUUAGGAGUAAGCAGCAGUGUGGAGCAACACAAGAAACAAGCAAACUGGAUUCCAAUCACUUGGGAACCUUCACUUGGUGGUCCUCUGGGAGAGGUACUGCACCAUACCAAUAUCAAGGCAGCAGAAUGCAAGAAAUCUUCAGUGCUUAACCUCAUGACCGAGGGAUGGGAUAACAACAGUCCUUCCUCGUUAGGGUCAUCUCCAACCGGGGUCUUGCAGAGGACUGCAUUUGGGUCCGUGUCUAGCAGUGCAGGGAGUAGCCCAAGAGCAGAAAAUAGGAGUGCUCAUGAAGGGGCUAGCCAUUGCAAUUAGCUUCUUAUGUUUCCUGCCUUGUAAGUUUGUAACCAUAUUAAGGAAGGAUGAGUUUAAUUUGUGUUCUU